AAACCUAAACUCCAACUCCUUCUUUCACUUCCUUUUUAGUUUGUUUGGUUAAAUUUCAAUCUUCUUUCUUUCUUCUUCUUCUUUUUCUUCUUCUGCUGCUGCUUCUUUCUCACCUUUUUCUCCAACUUCUCUUGCUUGUCCCUUCACAACCUCCCAAUGUCUCCUCACCCACUCCCUCACUCUCUCUCUCAACACUUCACUUCUUCUUGAACAUAUAUAUAUAUACAUACAUGUAUGUGUUUGUAGGUAGGUGACAGAGGAUACAAGAAGGUUUUAAUUUAUGGUAUUUCUCUUCCAAAUCCAACACCAACUUCACAUGGCCCUCUUUUACACCUUACUAACUCUCUUCCUCUCUUCAGGUAUGUUAAUGAAGAUAUCAAUUGGACAGAUCCAAAAAGAUAUUACAACUCCAAUAACUACAGUUCCAACCAUUAAUCCCACUCCCAUUAUUAACCCUAAUUCCGAUCCCGAUUCAACGACAACUUCUCCGGUAUCCAUGACUCCGAUGACUAUACCGACUUCUUCAGCUUCAAGCUGGUGCAUUGCUAGCCAAACUGCAUCAAAAACAGCCUUACAAGUUGCAUUAGAUUAUGCUUGUGGAUAUGGAGGUGCAGAUUGUUCAGCAAUUCAACCUUCUGGUUCAUGUUAUAAUCCAAACACACUUCAUCACCAUGCUACUUAUGCUUUCAAUAAUUACUACCAUAAAAAUCCAAUCCCAAGUAGCUGUAAUUUUGGAGGAACUGCUGUUACUACCAGCACUGACCCAAGUACUGGAACAUGUCAGUAUCCACCUACAAGCACUAGUUCAUCAAUCUUGAACACAACAAACUCAAAUGGGUCAACAGUUUAUGGUGCAGUACCUUCAAAUCCAACUCCAUCAUCAUCAUCAUCAUCAUCAUCAUCAUCUACCAUUCUCAAUUUCAACAGUAGCUUCUUUGUCAUUAUAUAUCUCCUCUGUGUCUCUGCCCAGAAUAUAUCAUCAUGAAACUAUAUUUACAUUUCCUUACAAGCUAAUGGGUGAUUUUGAUUAGAGAUAUACAAUAUACAAAUAUAGGAAUUUUUCUUUUUUCCUUUACUUUUUGAGAUCACUUAUGUGAAUUGAGUAUUAUUAGGUAUUCGAGUAUUGUUAGGAAUUCGAAAUCCCCGUGAGAGAUUAACAAAUCGA